CACCGAUUUGCGCUCGUCAGACGGACGGAUGUCACCACCAAGACUUCAUCCUCGACGAUACUCACGGCUCCAACGAAGACCUUGGUGACAACAAACUACGGGCAAUAUGUCUGUUCCUCGUUCUAGAAUUCUAGACCUUGUUAAGGCCCAAUGUCGCAUUUUCUCCCACACCUACAACCCCGAGCAACAACGACUUGGGAAUAAAGUUUUGCGCCAGAGAUUACGAGGACCAGCACUAGCAGCAUAUUACCCUCAAAGAAUAGGCACUUUGAAUGAACUGGAGGAAGCCUACGAUGCUCUUGGGCUCCGGUUUGUGGAUUAUCCUGAGGGAAAGCGGCUUGGUGUCAUAGAAAAACUUCAAAGCCGUGGGAAGGGGAACCCCAAGAAGAGACGCACAGCAGCAGAGUCGAGAUCGGCCAAGAGGAGAUAGUUCAGCUCCCUACCUUUAUCUGUACUUUAUAUGCGUGUUUCAGUGGACCAUUCAUAUACCUAGAUUGGCUUCACCAUGGUUUCUUUCUGGGCAUUCUACCAAGGGUUUUUACGUUUGGGUGGUAAGAAGGAGUUGUUUUGGUUUUUAUUGAAGCAAUUGUAUUCUAGAGGGUUAGCAUUCAUAAUUAUAAAUAAGACCUUCAUGACAUCCCCUGACAAGUGUUUCCUUCACCAUCGUCAAUGCCAAUUAUCGACUCUGGUUAUUCCUACUUCAG